AUGCCUGUACCAGAACCCGCCGAACCUUCCCCGCCAGUGAUUCCAGACACCCGUCCCGACAUCCCACCUUCCGUCAUACGAAUCACCUUCGAUAAUGAGUACCGAGACUUUUGCAAUCACUCCUUCCAUCGCGUCCUGUAUAACAACCAGACAUACGACACCGCCAUGCAUCUCUUCGAAGCCAUGAAGUUCCUCCCCGACAACCCCCAGAUCGCAGAUAACAUCCGACUGUGCAAGAACAUCGGAGACGUCUUUCCCUUAUCAGCUAAUUUUGCGCAGUAUCAGCGAUCUGAUUGGGGUGACGUGCAUAAAACUAUCCUGGAAGAGGUCCUUUACCACAAGUACGGACAAAAUCCAGACGUCCGGAACCUCCUGCUGAGUACUGGUUCUGCGGAAUUGGUAUACUCUGAUCCGAACGACUCUUACUGGGGCGAAGGCCCAGGUGGUCAGGGUCAGAAUCACCUGGGCAAGGCUCUCAUGCGUGUCCGAGAACGACUGAAAGCGAUGGGCUACAAGAAAUGA